AUGGCGUCAGGCCCAGAGAAGAGCGUUUCUAACACGCGCCUGUACCUCGGGAAUCUCCCGCGCACUGCUACCAAGGCCGAUGUUGAGAACCACUUCAACACCCAUGGCACUGGGGAGAUUACCGAGAUCAAGCUUAUGAACGGCUUUGGCUUCAUCGAGUACAAGGAUGAGAUGGAUGCGCGCGAUGUCGUUCCAGCAUUCCACGGAUCCGACUUCAUGGGCGAACGUCUGGUUGUUCAGUUCGCUCGCGGCAGCAACCGGCCACGUGAUGACCAUGGCUUCGCCCCCCGCCAGGCUCCGCGCCCGCGCCGCACCGUACAUCGCAUGACGAUAACCGGCCUCCCAUACGAAACCAGCUGGCAGGACCUGAAGGACUUCGCCCGCCAGUCUGGCCUGGACGUGGUCUACAGUGAAGUCGCCCGCGAGCGUGACACCAGCGGCCUAGGCAAAGGCUUCGUCGAAUACGAGACUGGUGCAGACCUUGCCACCGCUGUGGAGAAGCUCGACAACCACACCUUCAAGGACGCCACCGUUCGCUGCAUUUCCGACCCGCAAACCGAGAUCCCGCGUCCGCGUGAGCGCUACAGGUCGCGUUCUCCAGGCUACCGCGGUCGCGGCUACGGCCCACCUCCGGUCGACGACUUCUACGAUCGUCGUGGUCCGCCUCGUGGCUACAGCCCGCGUCGCGACGACUACCGCCGCCGCACUCCACCACCGCGCGGCUACUACGACGACCCACGCGAAGAACGCUUCGGCCCGCCACGCGGUCGACCACCGAUGGACGACUACCCACCGCCGCCACGUUCGCGCUACCCCGACGAUCGCUACGGAGGCCCACCACCACCGCGCGGCUACCCGGAGGCAGACCCGUACAUGAACGGCCACGGCAGGGAGCCGUACGGUCGUCCACCAAGCCCGCCUAGGAGGGAUCGCGGGUACGAGCGUGCGCCCUAUGAGCCAGCGCCCCCGCGCUAUUGGUGA